AUGUCGGAUCAACACGAGGAGACCAGUGGUAAUGGUUUCAAUAAACUAAUGAUGGAAGCCAUGAUGGCCGAGAUGAAGAAACUCAUGACCUCUCAACUUGAAGAAUUCAGACAAGAGAUGCAACAGCAUCAUUCUGAUUCGAGAUCAAACAAAGAAACGAGGAGAAGAGAUCAUGGAAAAGAAAAGGUUCAAGAUCCAAAUAAGAGCACCAGAGAUGAGGAGGCCGAUAUAUACUAUGGCCAAGAGAGCAGCUCGUCUAGAGGUAGUAGAAGAAAGCAUCGGCGAACUAAAGAAGAUAAGGCUACGGUUCCAGAUGGUUUGGGAGGCCUUAAGCUACGCAUUCCUCCAUUUCACGGCAAGAAUGAUCCUGAUGCGUACCUAGACUGGGAAAAAAAAAUUGAGUUGGUCUUCAAUUGUCAACACUAUACUGAGAUAAACCGAGUUAACGUGGCAGCGACAAAGUUCUACGACUAUGCACUAAGCUGGUGGGAUCAAAUUGUGACUUCUAGAAGGCGUAAUCAGCAGUAUCCGGUUAAAUCUUGGUCUGAAAUGAAAUCUUUGCUGAGAAAGAGGUUUGUGCCGAGUCAUUAUCAUCAGGAGCUACAUCAACGGAUCAGGAGACUCACCCAAGGCAACCGUACAGUGGAAGAUUAUUAUCAAGAACUGGAAACUCUAAUGUUGCUAGCUGAGAUUACUGAAGAUGGUGAGGCUACAAUGUCUAGAUUCUUGGGAGGACUGAACCGAGAAAUCCAAGAUCGGCUAGAAAUGCAACAAUACGAAGAAAUCGAGGAGAUGCUACAUAAAGCGAUCUUGAUCGAACAACAGCUCAAAAGAAGGUAUCCGGUUAAAACUAGCUAUGGAGUUGGUAUUCCCACUAAAGCCAACUAUCCAAAGGAAGAAAAGCCGAGUUACCAAAGAGAUAACAAGACAGCGAUGAAUCCAAAAUCAGAUGCCAAGCCACCGGUAAUAACUCAAGACCACAAGAGCAAGCCAGAAGCUACAACAAUUCGUUCUAGAGACGUCCGAUGUUUCAAGUGUCACGGUCGAGGACAUUACGCGAAUGAGUGCUCCAACAAGAGGGUAAUAGUCCUCUUAGACAGUGGAGAAAUUGAGUCCGAAGAAGAAAAGCUAGACGACUCUAAAUCUAAUGAGGAGUAUGAGGCUAUCCCGGCUAGUGGAGAGUUACUUGUAGCUCGGAGGACCCUAAACAUUCAAAGUAAAGAAGAAGAGCAAGAGCAAACAGAAAACUUGUUUCAUACUCGUUGUCUGGUCCAAGGCAAAGUCUGUAGCCUCAUUAUUGAUGGAGGAAGCUGCACCAACGUGGCUAGUGAGGAGAUAGUCAAUAAACUUGGACUAAAGAUGACCAAGCAUCCGAAACCCUACAAGUUGCGAUGGCUUAAUGAAAUCGGGGAAAUGAAGGUUCAGAAACAAGUCUUGGUGCCUAUUUCUAUUGGGAAAUAUGAAGAUGAGGUUCUGCGCGACGUGCUAGCAAUGGAGGCUGGACAUAUUCUUCUUGGAAGACCUUGGCAAUCAGAUAGAAAAGUUUUACAUGACGGCUUUACUAAUAAGCAUUCUUUUGUUUUCCAUGGCAGGAAAAUCACAUUGAUUCCUUUAAAACCGCAAGAGGUAUAUCAGGAUCAGGUCCAAAUGAAGCAAAAAGAGAAGCCACCUAAGAAAUCCUCUAAUUUCUUCCUACGGGCCGGUGAUGUUAAGAAAGCUCUUGUUUUACAGCAACCUAUCCUCUUAUUUGUGUUUAAAAAAGCACUUGCAAAUAUUACUGACCUGGCACCGGCUCUGCCGAGUAAAAUGAAUGAUCUUUUGUAG